AGUCAGUGACAUCAUUAGACCUGCAGGAUCAGAUUUCAGUUCCUGCCUUCAGAACUACAGAAUGUGAAAGCAACUUGUCACUGCCACUGAAAAUGAAGGUCUAAAUGCAGUAGGUGCUUUUUAAAUUCAAUGGCUGAAGCAAAGAUUUCAGUGUCUCCCGAUCAGUUCAUCUGCUCCGUGUGUCAAGACCGCCUGAAGGACCCGGUGACCACUGCCUGUGGACAUAACUACUGUAGACAGUGCAUUGAAGACUACUGGGAUACAACUGAAAUUUUCAAGUGCCCCCAGUGCAGGACGAACUUUGUCUUAAGGCCUGUUCUUCAAAGAAACACUGUUCUGGCUGAAGUGGUAGAGGAACUUAACAAGACAAACCCUGUUGAUGUGCUCUGUGAUGUGUGCAUCGGCACUAAGGAGAGAGCUGUGAAGACCUGUCUGACCUGCAAGGCCUCCUUCUGUGAGACUCACAUUGAACAUCACAGGGUGUCUGAAGCCCUAAAGAAACACAAGCUGGAAAUUCCUCUUCCUAAUCUUAACAAGAAACUCUGUUCGAAGCACCAGAAGGCCUUGAAAGUCUACUGCAGGACUGACCAGACAUGUAUCUGCUAUUUGUGUGCGGUGACUGAACACAAGAGCCAUGACACGGUGACGCCAGAUAUGGAGAGAGCAGAGAGACAGGCCCAAGUGCAGACAUUACGAAGAGAUGUUAAGGAGAAAAUACAGAAUAAAAGGAAGACAUUGGAGGAGGUGACAGUGAUGGAGGCGCAAGUGAAGAGCACCGCAGAGAAAGAAGAACAGAAAUAUGAAGAGACAUUCGAUUUGUUGCUUCAGUCCAUUGGUGGAUUGAGAUCAAAAGUGAUUUCCAUGAUUAAAGAACAUGAGGAAACAGAAUUGAGAAAGGUUACAAAGAUCAGAGACCAACUGGAGAAAGAGAUCAAUGAGCUGGAAAGGAAAGAUACUGAAUUAGAAGUGAUUUCACAGACAGAUGACGACAUCUCCUUCCUGCAGAAUGUCCAGUCUUUAUGUAUACCUUCUGUAAGUGAAAGCACACCCAUCAUUGCAGUAAAGGAGCAUUUCUUAGCUGAUACACUGAGACAAAAUCUGCUUAGUGUGAAUGAAAGUCUGAACAAGAUCAACUACUCAGAUUUUGUGAAAACCAGCGAGACCGGUGAAAAGUCAGAAGAUACGAAGACAAAAACACAACAAGAUUCAGAGUUUCUGUCUCAGUAUCCCUACCGUAGUGGUCUGACACAAAUGAAGCCACCUGCUACAUGUGGACAGAAUGACCAGGGCCAGAGCACUGAUAACGAGAGUGGGAAAACUGAGAUUGAAGCAACUUUAGGUGGUCGAAAAAUCAGGAGUGUUCAGACUUCAAAAGAUCCAGAGUAUGAAGUGGAGAUAUUAACAGAUUCCUUUCUGGAGUCUCAGAGCAAAUAUCUGUGUUCUGUACAAGAGAAUCUGAAGAAGAUCGAGAACAAACAAGUCCACUUAAUGUCUCGUCUGCCAGAAGUAAAGAAGGAGACAAAGGGUCAAGCCUUUCAGAAUUGGUUUUCUCGUUCCUUUUGGUUCCCUUAUAAAGUUUUAGUAAUUGAAGUUGUUGACUCAAACAAAACUGGUAAUACAGAGGUGAUGUUCUUUAAUGGACUUUCCAGAAAACUGGACGAUAAUGAUAUUAUAAUACAGAAGGCCCAGCUUGACAAUCAGUCCAGAAAUCUGGUUCUACUCUUUUGUCCAAUUGUUUCAAGAAUUAGAACUGACAUUGCUGUGGCACUAAAGAAAGUUUCCAGUAAUAAGAAGAUCAUUCUAGUUGUUAUGUAUCGCACCUCUAACCCUGAGUUUAUAGUGGCAGACAGCAGCAGAUAUGUGGAACAGGAAAAUGUGGUGCUGACAGUCGACUGUCUGUUCACUGAAACUAUUGGCUUACUCAAUUGUAAGUUAAAAAAGGAGAGUUCACACAAAGUUUUCAAUUUUAUAUGUUCUUUUAUGUUAACAAAAUAGAAUUAAGUGUUGUUUCAUGGCAUCAUUUCAUCAUACAAUAUGUACGGUCGCAUUGCCUAUUGACUCUGUGAUUUGAUUGAUUCCAAAUGGACGUCUCACUCUCCAAGUCCUGAAUGAAGUGUGCCCUUUGUAGAAUGGUGUGAUGAUUUUGUAAAUUACUUCUGGAGAGGAAAGAAGGAAUGACAGAGAGAAAAGUCUCAUGAAAUGUACUUUGUGUCAUUAAAUACUUGGAUAUGCUCUUCAUUUUAUUGUAUUCUCAUAUGGAAAAUGAAUGUACUGUAUUCACUUUGGACUUGUACAAAAAUAAACCAAAUAUCAGACUGU